AUGGAAGGAGUUAAUUGUAGCAAAAAAAGUGGCCAUGUGAUUCAACUUCACCUUCAAAAUUCUGCCCCUAUAGUUGAUGAUCUCAUUGAUGCUGAGUUUUUCUCUGAGUUUGAGCACGGUCGUGAUGGGGGUGAUCCUAAAUCAGCAUUUAGUGAAGGGAUUAGUCGUCUUAAUAAUCUCAUUUCUUUCAACCUUGGGAACAACCAAUUCGAAGGCCGCUUGGAUGGAAUUUGGAAUUGGAGUUCCCUUGCAUCUUUGGAUCUAUCCGAUGACGACUUCUCUACCUUUCUUCCAAGCCUAUUAUCCACUUUAACUUCCCUUGUUUCACUUGUUCUCAGCGACAAUGACUUUCAAGGUUAUAUCCCAGGUAAAAUUGCCAACAUUUCCAGCCUUCGGUAUCUUGAUCUAUCUUUAACAAUCUUAGCUCCUCUUUACCAAGUGAACUAUUCCCAUUGA